UAUACAUUUAAUCAAUUUGAUCUAUAUAAAAAAUAUUAAUUAUAAUCGAGAGGAAAUUUUUUCAAGGAGUUUUUUUUAUUAUUGCGAGGUCAAAAUUAUUGUUUGGUAAAAAAUAAAUUUCAGAAUAAAAAAACGAGUGUAAUUAUUAAAGACGUUUAAAAGAUGAAUACGAUGUGUGUCUCUCUUUCUGAUGAUGAUAAAUGUUUGAUAUGUGGAGAUGAUAAUAUAAAAAUAACUAAAUGUUCUGGAUGCAAGAUGAUAUCCUUUUAUUGUUCAAAUGCGAUGUUGGACGAUAUGCAUUCCGGCAGACAAAUUCACAUUGAAUAUUGUCCACUAAUUCUUUUUGGAGCAGCCAAAGAAGAUUUUAAAACAAAAACUACCGUAGAAUGUCUUUUAAAAUCAAUUGUGGAGAGAACAAAAAUUCUAAGCAUUAAUCAGUCACCGCCAACAUCGAUGAAAGCAUUUUUUGAAAAGUAUAUUCAUCCGAAGGUUAAUAUUUCCGAAUUAGACGAAGCUUUAUUAUCCGAUUGUUUUAGUAUUCCAUUAACAAUUGUCAAUAGUUUACAAAGGAUCUACGGCAAUGGAAUUCCACGAGAAUUAGUAAUUUAUAUUGCUGCUGAUGGUGUAUCAACUGCAUUAAAAUUUGGGAAUAUUUGGGAAAUUAUCCUACAUUUUCUACCAAGUGUUGAAAAUUUGAAAAUUGUUUAUAUUGAGAAUACGAAAUUUGACGUGAAUGAUGAUACUUUGUGUAAGGAAUGUAGUGAUGGGAACAAAACAUUUUCAUUCGAAACAAGAGAAUUUUAUGAAAUGUACAUGUUUAAUUGUAAACCUCAUUUGAUUGCUUACUUAAAUAUUGGAAUUGGAAAUAGUAUAUAUGCUCGACUUCGUGGCGAACCUCGUCGAGAUAAUUUUACAAGUAUUGUGAAAAAAUGGAGAAAUUUUUCAUGUCCUAUUCUUGUUACAACAUUAACUGAAAAAGAUUAUCUUCAGUCAAUUGGGGAUUUGUCGAUUAAUCUGCCUAAUUUUCAAUUAAUUUACAAGGGAUACAAUGAUUGUCGACCAUUUACGUGUCAUCAGGAAACUGACUCCCAAUUUUAUAUACCUUCGCAAUUCGUAACCAUUUAUAAACCAGUUAAAAAUCUCCUAAAUAGUUUACAACAGUUUUGGUGAUAAGAAGCUACAGAAUCAAAGUUUUGAAUUUUUGUUUUAUUGAUGACAAUUUCACUAUUUCGAAAUAUUCCUCGAGCUAAAAUAUUAUUUCCUCUUGAUAGCUUUGUCAAUAUUGUCUUUGUUAUUAUUUUGUGUUUCGUUCUUCUUGAUGACUAAAAAAAAUAUCCGCUUUUAUGAUGUUCAACAUUCUUAGAAUUUACGCAACGAAAGAGGAAAAUUUUUUUAAAAUACGAAAUUCUGUGAUUUUAAUAAAUCUAAUGAAUAAAAAAUUCGAAUCUCUUCUAAUAAAAGAAUCAGAAUAAACUGUUAAUUAUUAACAGAAAAAAAAGUUUUCGUAAACAAAUAUUGUAUACGCGGUGAUAUUAUAAGAGAAUAUAUUCAUAAGACUUUCAACGUUUAAAAACAUUGAAAAUUUUGUCAAAUUUUAUAUUGAAAUAAAUUUUAUAUUUUAAAGAA